GCAGCGAUUGCGAUCGCAGCGCCCACCCUCCCCCUCAAGAUCUGCCUCACUCACCUGCCAAAUCCAGCCCCCAAAGGCUCGCCCCACCCGGCACUCGCCCGCUCCCAGCACACCCUCACCGUCAUCCGCAACAAGGCCUUCAUAUUUGGCGGCCAGGACGCCUCCGGCGCGCUCUGCCCGCCAGGAAUCCACACCAUCACCCUCCCAGCCGCGCCCACGCAGGAGGAGGGAGAGGAGGGCGGAGAGCCGGACGCGGGAGCCGCGUAUACGUGCUACCCGCCCUACACGCUGCAGGACGCCUCGACGGGCGAGACGCUAGUGCCGCAGCCCCGGGCGGGACACGCCGCGUGCGCGCGCGGCGGGCGGUACCUGCUCGUCCAGGGCGGCCGCGGCGCGGACGGGAGGCCCGUGGAGGAGGGCAACUGCAUCUGGCAGUGGGACUGCGAGGGCCUGAGCUGGGCCAAGCUGAGGGGCCCAUCGCAGCUGGGGGUGGAGAUGGCCCCGGGGCGCUGGGGGCACUGGAUGUUUGCGGACGAGGACCAGGGGUUCUUGGUGAUGGUGGGAGGCAAGACAAGGGAUGAUGGUGGCGGUGAUGGAGGAGGGUCGGAGAGGGAGGCGUGGAUGUAUGACCUCCAUGCGGCCGCGUGGACGACGUUGCCGCGAUUGACGGCCCGGCCGCUGGCGGCGGCGUACGCGGCGGGGAAGAUCUAUAUUAUCUCGAGUGGCGAAGGAGAUAUCGCUCCCGGAGACGCCAAGUUGGGCGGAAUGGUGCACUUCCUGGACAUGAGGGAGUCGCCGACGGAGCGGGAGAAGCCCGGCGCGUUGGCGUGGCAGAGCGUUCGGUUCCCGGCAAAUCCACUCGCUCCAGGGCCGCAGCCAAGGGCAGGCGGGGCAUUGGUGCCGCUGAGAACCGGGCACGGGAGAGUGUACCUGGUUUACCUGUUUGGGUGCUCUGAUGAGGGGGGUCGUAAAGGGGAGAAAGAGUACUAUUCGGAUAUCUGGACGCUGCAGCUGCCCGCUCAGACACGCAGUGCCGCCGCUGUCAAAGACAAGAUCCGGGAGAAGCUGCCCCGUUUUGAGUCUGGGGAGUUUCGAUGGGCAGAGGCAGAGAUUGUCCCUACGGAACAGAUAGCAGCGGGUGGGAAGGUACAUCCCGGGCCAAGGGGGCUUUUUGCUGCAGAUGCAUGCUUAGACGGACACGGGGUGAUGUUGUGGGGAGGGAUCAACGCAAAAGGUGAGGCGGAGGGUGACGGAUGGGUUUUAAGGCUGGCUCAUGGUUACGCGGAUAGCGACAGGUAUGAGUAA